ACACGGCUUGGGAGCCUAUCACGCCUCACACUCCCAGCCAUGCAGCCACUCAGUCUCAUGCUUCUUGCUCUCCUUGUGUGUGCCAGGGGUGCCCGCUCUCAUCAGCCAGGGGAAGAGCUGUCAGACAACUUUCUGGAGGUGCCACCUAGUUACCAGGAUCCACAGACGGAUGAGACAAGUUUUAUGUCACAACCGACAGCUGAUGAGAAGACGGCGCUGAAUGCUUUGCUGAGGACAAUUCUUCACAACAGAUCUGCCCGGAGCUCCUUUCUCUUUCAGCCCCAGAGAUUUGGUAGAGACGAGCGAAGUUCGAUGUUAGGAGACAGCAGGAUCCACUCACGAGGCUGGGAUUCCAUGGCGCCUCAGUUCUGGAGCAUGGCCGUACCCCAACGCUUUGGGAGGAAGAAAUGAAAGUUCACAAGACAUUCAUGCUGGCUAUUCCAUUCAUGGCUAGGACAGGUUACAAUGGAUGAGGAGCUUGUGGAGCAGGAAAGGAAACAUGAGCUUUGGCAGAACCAUGUCCCAAAUACUCACUGCCACAUCUAACAGUCAAUUUGUUUGUAAAUAUACCAAAUUACCUUACUUGUUUAGUCAGAAAGUGCCCACUCCCUUUUGUCAUGGCAACUCAAGGAUACAGGCUUUUGUAUUGCUCUCCUAUCAUGCACACAGCCCUGGGGGACCCAUGGGUGCAGUUUGGCACCAUCAGCCUACAUGUGCAAACCCUUUCUCCUGCUCUUGUUAAUAAAAUCAUGUGUUGACUAAUGUG